GAGGUGACACUGGUGUCAGAUGGCUUCUUGGGAAGACCUUGCUAGGAAUUUUUUGUUGGAAGAGGAAGAAGAAGAUGAGGAGCUAUUCUUUGUUCUUCUCCCUGCUAUAAUGCCCUUUCUCGAAGAAGAGAAAACACCUGAGCAUACUUCUCUUCCUGGAGCUAAAAAAGUUAAAGAGAUCCUCGAAGGGCACGAGAAUUGGUGCAAGGUAGAAUUUAGGAUGGAGACUGAAAUAUUUAGAACUAUAGCAAACUUUCUCAGAGCCGAGAACUUGCUACGUGACACAUGUGGCAUGAAGAUUGAGGAGCAACUUGGACUUUUUAUGUUCAUGCUCUCUCAUAAUGCAAGCACAGAUAGGCUAAAGAAGGAGUUUCAACAUAGCGGUGAGACAGUGCAUAGGAAAAUAAAUGAGGUCUUCGAUAUCAUUCCAGCAUUAAUUCAAAGAUUCAUCAGACUUCCGAACCCAAGCAACACACACGUGAAGAUUACAUGUGACCCCAGAUUUAUGCCAUUCUUUCAGGUCGGUUCAUACAUACAGUACACUUUCCUUAAUACCAUUCCUAAAUACAAUCCAAAUCUUUAG